GCCAGGUAUUCUGAAGAUAAAACAUAUCAGAAAUUCUCAAAGAUGCAAAUUGUCUGUUUGGGACUGCUCCUUUUCAGUCUGACCUGGGCAGCACCAACAUUUAAAGCACAGACUGAGAAAACUAAGCAAGACUGUGUGGAAGAACAGAGGAUAACGUACAAGGGUCACCAUAAGAAAAAUGGGUAUUAUAUGUUUAAGUAUGUUUACACAUCACCUGGGAGGAAAAAUCAAACUAACAUAAAGCAGGAAGAAAAAAACCAAGACAAUAUUGCCCUUCAGCAUUCUGGCAGGAGAAGAGAUCAAGAGUCAGCACCUAAAGAAAACAUUGUCGAGGAAAGACAGAAAAACUUGCUCCUCCUUGGAGCCAAUAAAAAUAACCAAAGCAGCAAAUCCCAAAAUCUUUUUGAAAAUAGACAGACAGUGAAUGACAGUAUUAGUAACAAAGAAAAUGUCCAUAAUAACCUAAAGAUGUCCACUUAUCCUGAAUCCACUGGAAAUAAUGGGGCUGAGGAUGGAGGUGAUGCUAUCAGCAAACUACAUGACCAAGAAGAAAAUGGCACAGCUCUAAUCAGAAAUAAUAUGCAACAUAUAAUGGAGCCAGGAACUGUGAUUGAACACUUGGAGGAAGACAAAAAAGAGAUCAAACACAGGAACGUUCUGAGCAAAAUUCCAGCAAGUGCAAACUACUCGAAAGCCCCCUCAAAAGGUAAGAAGAAUCAUCAUAGAGAUUCGCAAGCCCAGAAUAUUCCAGUAAAAGGCAAAAUCACCCACCAUACCCAAGACAACACUGACUAUCUAAAACAGCUCCGAAAAAUCAAAAAAAUCCCCAGUGAUUUUGAAGGCAGUGGUUACCCAGAUCUUCAAGAGAUUGGGGAUAAUGAUAUCUCUCCUUUCAGUGGAGAUGGCCAACCUUUUAAGGAUGUUUCUGGGAAAGGAGAAACUAUUGAUCCUGAUUUAGAAGGUGCAGAUAUUCAAACAGAGUUUUCCGGCCCAAAUGAAGCUGAGACUACUACUCCUGAGGCAGGAGGGCCGGGUUUUAACGACAUCCCAGAGAAAGAAGAAAAUGGCAGAAGUACCACGGGAACCAGGGAUGAAACAACACAAGAGGCAAACACUGCUGAUGUAAGCCUAGUGGAGAGCAGCAAUGACAUCAUAGGUAGCACUGAUUUUAAGAAACUCCCUGGAAAAGAAGGAACUAGAGUGGAUGCUGAGAGCCAAAAUGCUCACCAAGGGAAAAUAGAGUUUCAUUACCCUCAUGUACCCUCAAAAGAGAAAAGAAAGGAAGGCAGCAGUGAUGUUACUAAAAGUACUAAUUAUAAUGAAAUUCCAAAAAAUGGCAAAGAGAGUAGUAGAAAAGGUAUAGAACAUUCUAACAGGAAUCAAGUGACCCCAAGUAAAAAACACAGAUUUCCGAGUAAGGGCAAAAGUCAGGGCCAACUCAUUCCCUCUCAUGGUCUUGAUAAUGAAAUUAAAAAUGAAAUAGGUUCCCAUAGUGACCCUAAUAAUGAGGAGACUAUAACAAAACACAGCAGAAAAAAUCAUCAUGAUCAUGUACCCCACAGACAAGAUAAUUCUGCAUGGAAUAAGGGUAUGCCACAAAGGAAAGGCUCCUGGGGUUACAGAAAACCCCAUUCCAACAGGAGGUUUAGGCCCCCUAAAAAGCCGGACAGUAGUGAAUCAUCUGACAGCGGCAGUUCGAGUGAGAGUGAUGGUGACUAGUUCACGAGAAACUCCCAGCAGGAUAAAGGUUGGAAUCCCUAGUCCUCUGUGAUUUGAUGGUGCAGGAGAGCCAUCUAAUAGCAAAGCAGGUCAAGGACAGAGCAGGGAAUUGAGUAAUUCAAGAAACCUGACUUCCAGGGCAGAACUGUUGCUCAUUUGAUGGCCAUAGUAUGAAAUUCUAUUCAAAGUUAUGACUUUUUUAAGGAAAACAAUUCAUCAAGGAUUUAUGGAAUAGGUAACAUGUGAAUAGGUGUCAUAAAAAUAGUUUAUGAAUGUCACAAAAGCCUUCCUUUGUUAUUGUUCUAUAGACAUGAAAAUAAACACUAUUUCUUGUAUAGUAAUC